UAAAGAACAUGAUUAGGAUAAUUGCAUGCAUAAAAAUAGUUGACGCAUAUAUAAAUAAGCAGCUUUCAAGAAUUUACAUUCAGACAAGAAAGUUGAAAAGGAUCAGUUUAUUUUAAUUGAAGAAAAUGAAGACAAUUGUUGGCAGUUUUUUCUUAACCUUUUUGGUUCUGCUCAUUUCUAUGCAAUUAUGUAAUGGUCAGGGAGCUUGGUCUCCUGGAGCUGGAUCUGGAUCUGGAUCAGGAUCAGGAUCAGGAUCUGGAUCGGGAUCUGGAUCAGGAUCUGGAUCAGGAUCAGGAUCUGGGUAGAAUUCUGGAUCUGGAUGCGGAUCAGGAACUAGAUGUCAAUUUGGACACAGAAGAUCCGAGUAACAGUAGAUCAUGUGAAGAAAAUAUAAAAUCUAUGGAAUGUAAUUUGAAAUAAGAGAAGUAUUGAUAGUAAAUUGAAUUUAUUUUA